GUACGCCAGCGCAGUCACAAUUUUUCAGUUGCAGUGCGCGGGUCGAAUUUUGUUUAGAAUUUUGAUUGCUUCUUAUUAAAUUUAAAUUAUAUUGUAGUUAGUGUCAGUUUAUUUUUUUUUAAUUUAAUUUUGUCUAAUAAAUAAAAAUUAAUAUAAAAUCAUGUCUCUCGUGUAUAAAAAUUCAAUGAAAGCAAUAGGAAAAAUAGUGCCAGGAUCUCUACAGCCUUUGUGGAAUCAUCCAGCUGGUCCACAAACAAUUUUCUUCUGGGCACCGGCUUUUAAAUGGGGACUUGUAAUAGCAGGACUUGGAGAUAUACAAAGACCAGCAAGUCAAAUUUCUCUUGGUCAAACAGGAGCAUUAUGUGCAACAGGAAUAAUUUGGACACGAUACUCUUUAGCAAUUACACCAAAAAAUUGGAGUUUAUGUAGUGUUAAUUUUUUUGUCGCGUGCACUGCAAUAUAUCAAGUAUUUAGAGCUAUACAAUAUCAAAGAGAACAAGCAGCUUUAUUAGAACCAGCAACAAAUGGGAAAUGAUGACAAGUUUCCAAUUAUUAAAUUAAAAUUCAAACCAUAUAGGAACCAAUUAAAUCAAUUUUAGAAGAAACUCGUAAAACAAAUUUAUUUUCUGGUUCUCUCGUUAUACCAGAAAAAUUAUUUGUUUUCAACGAAAUGCUAAAUCGUUCAAUAGCAAAAAUUAUAAAGAUACUGAUUAACAAUUAAAUAAUAUUUUUACAAUUAUGAAUUAAGUUAGAAAAUUAUCAACUUCCAAACAUUCCCAGUAAAGCAGAAUUUUUAAAUACUAAUUAUUAUAUAUUAAAUAAAUUGUAGUUUGUAAAUUAUACAGAAAUUCUAGAUUUUUAUUUUAAGGACCGAGAGAAAGAGAGAGAGAGAGUUAUGUACAUAACUGUUAUGCUCUAUGCAUAAUGUUAUGUUUGGCUCAACAAUUGUUACAAAAUAGAUUUAAGUUUUUGCUGGGAAGUGUUGUGUUAGUAAAUUAAAAAAGAUUGUAAAAUAUUAUACAUAUUUUCGAAAGUACCUGUACUCAUGUGUUAAUGAAAAUUAUAAAUGGGAGUGGAAAAUUUUAAAGUGAGAUACGACUUCCAAACUAUAUUUUCAGUAAGCAAAUUAUUUAAAAAUUGAAUCUACAAUUUAGAUUUAAUUGAAACUAAUGGCGCUGGUUAAUAAUAUUGUAAACACUGAAAUUAUUUUAAUUGAAAGAAUCUAUUGUAAUUAUAAUUCGAACAAAAUAUACGUGUAUUUUUGUUACAAAACCAAA